AUGAGCUUGUCCUUUUGUUUUGAGAGUAGCAACGAUUCGUUCAUUAGAACAAGUCCUUAUUAUCAUAGUCCUCGUUAUUCACAAGAGGAUAGUGACAAUGAUUGGGUAGAUUUGUCGCAUAAAGGCAAAGGUCCGGAGUCUUGGAGCGACAGAAUGUGGGAUAAUUCAGUUAUAUGUCAAUUUCUGCGAGAGGAAACGAACAUUCAAGAUCUAUGGGUGCCUGCUUCAUGUCCUGCAAGUCCAACGCGUUUGCCGACAAAGUAUGAAUUACAUGCAAAGCGGUUACCAUUUCUAGCUCGUUUUGAAAUGAUAAGAUUAUCAAAACCUUUUGGACCAAUAGAGGCUUCGGAAACGGUGUGGGAAGAAUUGGUUGAUCGUGUCGACUUCCAUGUUUUUUCGAAGAUAUGUCGCGAGCAGCUCGAACGUUGCAAAAAAAAUAACGUGCAGACAGAAUUGAGAAAAUUAGUUCCCUACUCUAGCUCAUUAUGGAAAGCAAGUGAGCAGCCCCUAACUUCAAAGAAAGGUUCGUCAUUACAUCUCAUAUUUUCGGCGAAUGUUAUUAUGAAAGACCGAAAAUUGCAGAUGGAGCUAAACCCGCCGAAAACGGGAUUAUCCAAAAGA